UUAUAUACUAAAUUAUACAUUUAAACAAAUGCAAUGGCAAGUUCUAAUAGGGGUAUUCAACAUUUGUUAUCGGCUUCUAAAGACAUGACAUUAUUGUUGAACCGACUUCGAGCCAUACAUGCCCCUGAUGAGCGUGACAUCGAUUUGAAGCCUCUACUUCAUAUCUUUGAGGUCAUUUUUCAACGCGCUGCACCCACCGUCCCUGGCUCUACUAAGAAAGCUCACAUGGAUGCUCAAAAUGAUAAGGCAUUUCAAGCCGAACAUGGAGAACUAAUAGAACAGCAUGCGUUCACCAUAAGAAAAAUCUCAAACGAGAUAGUUUGUAGGUGUUCCAGAAGUGGAGAUGCACAUACAACAACUCUUUCUAUAUUAACCAUGGUCUCAGAAUACACUUGGGAAGCAAAAGUGGCCCUCACUCUUACAGCCUUCACUGCGUAUUAUGGUGAUUUCUGGUUAAUUGCCCAACUCUAUGCAGCAGACCCAUCGGCAAAGCCUGUUGCAAUCCUUAACCAACUUCCCGAGUCAAUGGAGCACCCAUUUUCCUACAAACCUAAAUUUGAAGCAAUUGACAAUCUACUCAGAGCCAUAGUAAAUGUUAGCAAAUUGGUCGCGGAAUUCAAGGAAACCCUACGCGGUUUGCACAGCACUAAAGAUACACCGGCAUAUAAAAGUGCUAAUGCUGUGAUCCCGAGAGCUGCUUACUGGAUCAUCAGGAGUAUGGUAGCUUGUGCAUCACAAUUUGCAGGUCUAAUAAGCAUAAGUAAUGAGUAUAUACCGUCAACAACAGAGGCUUGGGAGCUAGAUAACCUACAAAUGGACCUAUACAAGUUGCUGAUUAAUCAUACAUUUGAUACUCCCCAAGUUGACAACAUGAAAAUCCUCCAGCUUCUGACUUAUUCCAAGGAAUAUCAAUUGCUCCUUUGGGAUUGUUCUGCAAAACAAAGGAAAAGCAUAGAUGUAUUGAGGAGAAGAUUAGUUCUACUACUCAUUUCAGAUCUCGACUUAUCCCUAGAAGAACUUUCGAUUCUUGAACAAAUGUACCAAGAAUCAAGGCAACACCCAGCAAGGAUGGAAAGUCAAUAUGAAAUAUUGUGGCUCCCGGUGAUCGAUAGCUCUGCCCCUUGGAAUGAUGAAAAAAAAAGACAGUUUGAAGCUCUACAAUCAAUGAUGCCUUGGUACACUGUUCAUCACCUUUCACUAAUUGACCCUGUAGUUCUUAACUACAUAAAGGAGGUGUGGCACUUCGACAAGAAGCCUAUGCUUGUUGUCUUGGAUCCUCAAGGCCGAAUCACAAACCCCAAUGCUCUUCACAUGAUGUGGAUUUGGGGGUCUAUGGCAUUUCCUUUCACUAGAGCAAGAGAAGAAGCUCUUUGGAGAGAAGAGUAUUGGAGGCUCGAUUUAUUAGCAGAUGCCAUUGAACCAAUGAUGUUCCAAUGGAUACAGGAGGAAAAAUUUAUUUGCUUGUAUGGAGGAGAAGACUUGGACUGGAUACAGAAAUUUACCGCCAAAUUACAUGAUACUGCCAGAGCUGCUCCAAUCGAACUUGAGAUGUUGUAUGUUGGUAGAAGCAACCCUAAGGAAAAAAUUCGUAAGAAUAAUGACGUGAUUGCUACUCAGGGCUUGGGCCAUGUACUUCCUGAUCUAACUUUAGUUUGGUACUUCUGGGAACGGCUAAAGAGCAUGAGGGACUCCAAGAUACAACUAGGAAAGACUGUACAGGAUGACCCCAUAUUGCGAGAGGUAGAAACAAUGAUGAGCUUCGAUGGAUGCAGUCCAGGGUGGGCUUUGAUUAGUAAAGGGCCAUCAGAUAUGGUCAAAGCCAAUGGUGAUACCUUCGUGAUGUGUUUGGAUAAGUUCGACCAAUGGAAAGAAGAUGUCCCGGUGAAAGGCUUUGUGCAAGCAAUUAUCGAUCAUCUAUAAUAUUAUCCCCUUCAUUUACUCCUUGAUUUACACAAUUAGGUUGAUUGUCAAAGAUUUCCCUAACUAUUGUCUUUUUUUUUUUUUUUUGAGGGAACCCUAACUAUUGUCUAAUGUACCUAGACAUAUACUCUAAUGUAUCUAGUCAUAGUCCAAUGCUUACUUAUGUACUAUAAAUACUUUUGUAUACCUCUUCAAUAAAAUUAAGGUUUCCAACAUUUUCUUUCUCAUACUCUAUGAGCUUGAAAUGUUAUUCUUUUCUUUACUCAGUUUAACAAUUUCUUUUAAGGCAUU